GAUGUGAGCAGAGCCCAGGAAUGCCUUAUGUGGAUCGACAGAACCGAAUCUGUGGGUUUCUGGACAUUGAGGAGAAUGAGAACAGCGGCAAGUUUCUGCGGAGGUACUUUAUUCUGGACACCCAGGCCAACUGCCUUCUCUGGUACAUGGACAACCCCCAGGAAUUGAACACUCGCGGAAGUCCAGGAGAGGCUGGCCCGGCUGGUUCCGGGCUCCAGGGCAUGGCAGAGCGGCACGGGAAGAGGAGGGUAUUUCUGGGUGAGGGCAAUAGCAGUUGUUUGGAAGCCUCUGAGGCAGCACCAAGAAGGAAGGUACAUGAAUUGUUUGCACCUGUCCGGAUGGAAGGGAAAAGAGCAGUGUGGCAGUACCUCAAGCCUGUAGAAAUUCGGUUCACUGUGCUGGUGCAUGAGGAUUUCCUCUGGAUGUUGCCUUUAGACCUUUUUGCUUUCUCUUUGUCUAGUGAUCUCUUAAUGAGGGACAACCUGUUUGAAAUCAUAACAAGCUCCAGGACCUUCUACAUACAGGCGGACAGUCCAGAAGAUAUGCACAGCUGGAUUAAGGAGAUCGGGGCAGCUGUCCAGGCCCUCAAGUGCCACCCCAGAGAUAUGUCCUUUUCUAGAUCCAUCUCUUUGACUCGCUCUGGAAGCUCCGGCCUCUCAGGGGGGCCCAACUCUGUCCUGUGUAGGGGGCGGCCACCUAUGGAAGAGAAAAGAGCUCUCUGCAAAGCCCCCUCUGUGGCUUCCUCCUGGCAACCCUGGACCCCCGUCCCACAGGCCGGGGACAAGCUGCUUCCAGCUGAAGAGACUCCUGGGGACUCUUUGUUCAUGUCCCGGCUUGGGGAGAGCAGUACUUCUGGGGUGUUGCCCAGCUCCCGGAUAAGGCACAGGUCGGAGCCCCAGCACCCCAAGGAGAAACCAUUUCUGUUCAGCCUUGAUGAUGAGAGCAUACGGACUUCUGAUGUGUGAUAGGGCACAGUGCCCUGGGAGGGGGGAGGACUCAAGAAAAGGAGGCCAUGACUCAGUUUCCCUACAUUUUGGAGGAUAGUCAGAGACCCUUUGGCACUCAUAGUCCUGUGGAUGCUAUGUGGGAGGGGCCCAUCCAGCUGGCCUGUUUUUUUUUUUUUAUAUCAAUACAGUAUAUUUAACUUGGAAAAUCACUAGGUUGGACCUGUAGGCACGCUCAGUGGAGAACAGGUUGCCUCUACUUUGACUGUUCUAAGGUCUUCCUGGUGAGAGAAGGUUGGGAGUGCAAUUUCAUCCCUAACCAAAUUUUGUUUCCUUGUCCUAGUUGUAGUUUCUUCCUUUACUUUCCAGGCCAGGCACAGAAUCUUGGGCCAGUCAUCUGGUUUAUCCAAUUCCUAUUUAUUGGCUGAGGUCUGACUGUGAAGUAGGAAGGUCGUAACUAACCCAGCUGGCUUGCCUGGGAUACAUUCUGAGGGGAGGUGUUAAAAUCUGGGGGCUGGGAGGUAGCUCUCAGAAUGUCUAUGAGGGUAGAUCCUCUCAGGGGACUUCUGUAGGGGAAGAAAUAGGGAAUCUCGUGUAAGGUAUGGGGUAAGAUUCAGUCUCAGUGUAUCAGCCAGUUUUGGGAAUUAUUCUGUUCUUGUCUAUGACCCCAAAUAAUGUCCAUGUGAGUGAUAGACAUGCCCACCCAGUUUCUGUGUCAGGCCCUGGGGAUGGGUUUAUCAGUGUGAAAGUUACGACUGUUGAGACUAGAACAGACAUUUCAAUUGCUAUGGCAUCAUUUGGAAGUUCGGAGGGUUGAUAAGUGUGGGAUAGUUCCCUUGCGUGAGAGAUCAGAUCUCUAUUUUAGGGUGUUAGAAUUGCUUUAGAGCAGGUGCUGGGAAAAGACGGACAUCCAGAUAAACUUCAUCCAGAUAGACUUUUCUGAUCCAUGUUUUCCAGGCAGAAGAAAAGGUCUGUUUUAGAACAGACAGAUUUCUUGAAUCCUUACUUCAUAGCUUUUCAGUGGGCUGAUAUUAGUCUAAUUUUAAGUGCUGUAUAUUAUAUAGCCUGGCAGAUUUGCUUUCUUUCUAUGUUGCCCUUUGAAUGAAGCCUUUUGUACUUGCAUGAUCAAACCUUGUGACCAGAUAAGGUUCCAUGUACUUAAUAGUGAAGAGAUACAAAGAUAAUCUUGAGAGGUAUUUAUAUUUUUAAUAAAAUAGAAACUAUGCAAAGUAACAUUGAUUUAGAGGCACUGUAUUGCUGACUAGAGAUUUCCCAGGUAGAAGAGCAUAGAUUGCAUUUCCCAUCCAGAUUUUUAGGUGUGCCUUCUUUCAUUUGACAAGAAGAUACUAUUUCCAGUGUCCCUGGGAGAAUUUGUCCAACUUAUGUGGUGAACUGCUAACUUAUCAGGGUGCCCUAAAGAGAGAGAAAAACUCAUUUCUGUCUAUGCCUUUUAUCAGCUAGAUCAGCUAAUUACCUUUAAAUUAGAAAUCAAUCACUAGAGGAAGAUACCGAGAGAUGCAUUUUUACCUAAGUCAAUCCCUUCCCCUUCCUUAUGUCCAGAUCUAAUACAGAGGCAAAAACAUGUCAUCAGAAAUCCUUAGGGGCUUGAUGGAAAUCUGUGUUCCUUCCAGGCAGUGUAACUCCCUUGAAGUCUAUGUCAUGUUGAGAACUUUUCUUGAUCGCACUGCAUUGGAGCUAUUCUUCACUUAAAUUGUUUGGCCUAGUGGUCCUGGUAGAAAAAAGACAUCUAGUACUGGAUUUCUCUCUCUCUCUCUCCUCUUUUUUGCAGACUCUUGUAGACGGUUGUCCUCAGAAAUCUGUGGUUUGGGAGUUAGUUAUUUAUGAGUGACCGAGGUUACAGUUUCAAGUAGCCUGAUAAGUAGUCAUUUCAGAUUCUUAAAGCUCCUUGUCUCUGAUUUCAUCUUCAUAUUUUCCUCAAGAAAAUUCUUUGGCUAGGUCAAAGAAAAUACACAAUAAGUGAUAUUUGCACUCACAAAAAUAAGUUAGGAAAUUUUGAGAUCCCUUUAAACAUUCCCUAACUCAUGAAAGCUGUCAUCUUUUGGUGUUUAAGCUGUGAAAAUGUACCCAUGUCUCUUUUGUUAAAUAAACUCUCUGCUACAAUACUACUGUUGAAUUAAUUGGCCAUUAUAGUAAGCUGAUAUGUUUCUUAUUUCAGUAGGGUCUAUUUUAAGAAUGUGUUAAAUUAAACAUACUUAUAAAUCUAGAUUAUAUUAUUAUGAUAGAAGGAAAACAAGGACUUUAGUUGGCAAAUACUUGGGAAUACCAAGUGAGAACAUUGUUAAUGUAGUUCCAGCACCAGAUAAAUAGAAUUAUCUUCAGUGAAGUCUGUAAGCAUUCUCCCAAACCUUAUUUCAGAAUUCCUUUUGUGUCCAUAUUUCUUACCUUCUGGCCAAUUUCACAUCAAAACUUUUUAAUGUCACUACACAUGUGAGCCAAAGAUAGUGCAUAUAUAGUCAAAGCAUUUGGCUUUAAAUGUCUAUGGAACCAGAUGGAAAAAAUAGGGCAGGGAUGCAGUAUAGGUUAGUAGUUAAAUGCAUAGGCUCUGCAAUAAAUCGGAGUUUAAAGAAAGGAACCAAAAAAGAUACUGCAUUUUCUUUGUGGAAUAAAAACCUUCUUGAGUUGUGCUGUUUUCCUAAGCCUAUUGAAGUGAUCUUGAUCCAGUUUGUGUAACAGUAUUACGGGUGGUCUUCCCUAUAAUUGAACUAUUUUCCAUCCACUAUUCUUGAGAGCUUAAGGAUUUGCUUACUCAAGGUCAGUUGGUGGCUGGUAAACAUUGUUUGACUUUUUGCAUCCUGUGAGACAUCAUAAAUCUACUAAGGUGUAGAGUAGACUCAGGUCAAAAUAUUGAAAGUUAUACGUUUAUUUCUGAGUAGAAUGCUGAGCUCACUCAUAUGAGAAAGAGCAGAGGUAAGGCCCAGCUUUGUAGUUCACUGGAAGCAAAAGGUUUUUUUUCCUUGCUGAAUAUAACUAUGCUCUCAUAUGGGCUUAAAGGACCUAAAUAGAUUCAGUAGUUGAGCAGUGGGAUUUGAUGUUUGUUUUCACUGUUGACCAGUAACAGCAUUUUGGAAAUUGAGUUUCCCAAGUGAGCUUUGUUUAUAAACUUUGAACAUGUCAAAAAUGGAUAGUUUAGUAAAUCUUUUCUACCAACAUCACUUUUCUUUUCUUACUCCUUUUUUUCUGUUAUUGCCUGCAGCAGUUAGUUACAGUCACUCAUGCUAAGUAGAAUUUGAAUAAAGCUAAUGUUAGCAAAAAUAGACUGUUUGACCUCUCCCCCCACUGCUUACUGAAGUGUGGCAUGAUUUUGUGUUUUGAACCAGUAGGUUUCAGCUGUGAAAUGCACUCACUGUAAGCACUGAGCUGAGUGCAUGGAAACUGUUACGCUUCUCAUUUUAUGUGAUCUCCUAAUUGGUAUGUAGCAAAAAAAUAAUUUUCGAAACCUGUUUUGUUGCUUGUUUUGUAAUAAAACCAUGUGAAAUACUGAAA